AUGGUGAACAUUACGGAAAAGAUCAAGGAGAUCGAGGAUGAGAUGAGAAAGACGCAAAAAUAUCACCUUGGUCUACUAAAGGGAAAACUCGCUCGUCUUCGUGCUCAGCUCCUUGAGCCAGGCCCAGGCUCAGGCGGCGGCCCAGGUGCCGGCUUCGAUGUUAGCAAGUCCGGUGACGCGCGCAUCUCGCUAGUCGGCUUCCCUUCGGUCGGCAAGUCUACUUUCCUCUCAAAGGUGACCAAGACACGAUCGGAAGUGGCAGCAUAUUCAUUCACCACCUUGACUGCUAUCCCGGGUGUGCUCGAGUAUGGAGGUGCCGAGAUCCAGCUACUCGAUCUUCCUGGAAUCAUCGAGGGAGCUGCCGAAGGCAAGGGUCGUGGUAGGCAGGUUAUUUCGGCCGCCAAGACCUCUGACAUGAUUCUCAUGGUACUCGAUGCUACCAAAAAGGCUGAGCAGAGGGCGUUGCUAGAGGCAGAACUCGAGGCUGUCGGCAUCAGACUCAACCGUGAGCCACCCAACAUCUACCUGAAGCCUAAAAAGGCGGGUGGUAUGAAGAUCAACUUUGCAUCACCACCCAAGCGUCUAGACGAGAAGAUGGUGUUCAACAUUCUGCGAGACUACAAAAUGCUCAACGCGGAGGUACUCAUCCGGGACGAAAAUGCCACUGUCGAUGACUUGAUCGACGUCAUUAUGAAAGACCACCGGAAGUAUAUCAAGUGCUUGUAUGUAUACAACAAAAUCGACUCGGUCUCUCUCGACUUCCUCGACAAGCUGGCCCGUGAACCGCACACGGUCGUCAUGUCAUGCGAACUCGAUCUUGGUAUCCAGGAUGUUAUCGACCGUUGCUGGAAGGAGCUGUCUCUAGUCCGCAUCUACACCAAGCGCAAGGGAAUUGAUCCUGAUUUUAGCGAGGCAUUGAUCGUCCGCAGCAACAGCACAAUCGAGGACGUGUGCGAUCGCAUCCAUCGUACCCUCAAGGAUACCUUCAAGUAUGCACUGGUGUGGGGAGCAAGUGCACGUCACGUUCCCCAGAGAGUUGGUCUCGGUCACCCGGUGGCAGAUGAGGAUGUUGUGUACAUAGUGAGUGGAUACAAGGCCUAA